AGAUUCCUCUCCAAACAGGUCCUAUCCCUUUUCUUCCUUCUCCCUCUUGCUGUUGUUUUCUCCCUCUAGAGAGACCCCAUCUCUAGAAAGAGAAAUUAAAGCAGGAGGACAAGCAAAGCUACCGGCCAGACAGCAGCUAUAGCCCUAAAGAUUGACCUGACCUGACCUGAUGAGAUGAGAUUGCAUAAUAAGUAAGGGAAUUUAUUUGAAAGAUCCAUGGUGGCUGCUGGAUCCUAGCUAGCUAGCUAGCUAGAGUAGUAUUUCUAUUGUGAUGUGCUCUCAAGCCAAGCAUGAUAUGGGUGGAGGAGAAUUCAGGAGCUCUUUGCUGCAGCAGAUGGUGUGGAGGAGUAGUGGCGGUGGUACAGACAGCAAGAAUAUGAUGAGUAGUUUGAUGCCUUGUGCUGAGGAGGAGGAGGAGCAAGAAGAGGUCUCCAACAAGAUGCCCCCCUUAUCUUCUCCUUCUUCCAUGCUCCUCCCCCAGCACCUCCUUCAAAUCUCCUCUGGUGGCCUGCCUCUGCCUCUGCCUCCAGAUGUGCUGAACGACAGCUCUGCUACUUCUGAUCUGCAUGAUGGGCGGGAAAGCAACAUGCCGGAGUCAUGGAGCCAGCUGCUGCUUGGGGGAUUAGUCGGAGAUCAUGAGAGAUACAACGCUGCCACAGCUUUACUGUCAAAAGGAUUAGAGGAGGGGCCUGCAGCUUACAAUUUCUAUGGGCAUGGGCAUGGUGGUGACGAGAUCCAGACGUCGGGGACCAACAGUAAGUCUCAUCAGGUGAGCCAGACGCUCUUGGCGUCGUCCUCUCCAAGGUCCUGCAUCACCACAAGCCUCGGCAGCAACAUGUUGGACUUCUCAAACACCACCGUCCCGGCACCAGAGCUGAAGAAUCAUCACUCCGAUAACUCUUCUGAGGGUAACAGCGCUGCAAGUGGUUCGGCUCCAAAGAAGGCUAGGGUUCAGACCUCUUCUUCAGCACAGUCUACUCUAAAGGUGAGAAAGGAGAGGCUUGGGGAUAGAAUCACAGCACUUCACCAGAUAGUAUCCCCAUUUGGCAAGACUGACACUGCCUCCGUCCUACAGGAGACUAUAGGCUAUAUCAGAUUCCUCCUGAGUCAAAUCGAGGCUCUCAGCUUCCCUUACCUAGGCCAUGGCAACGGGGGGAACUCCAUGCAACAGCACAAUCUGCUGCUAAACCAUAGCACUGGCAAUGACAUGGUAGAAGUUGAAGGCUCGACCAAGCAGGAGGAGGAGGAGGUCAUCAAUGGCGUUGAUGGCAGCAGGAAGGAUUUACGGAGCAGAGGGCUGUGCCUGGUGCCGGUGUCGUGCACGUCCCACCUCGCCGACGACAACGGCGCCUCCGACUUCUGGGCCGUGGCCGCGGCGCCGCCUCCUCCGCCGCCGCCGCUCGCCGGCAUCAUCUGGCGAUAGGACGAUCCGGAUCGGAUCGAUUCAUUCAUCAAGCCAAGCCAGCAUCGUCGUCGUCGUCUCACAGCAGCUGCAUGCACACGCGUACCUACGUUUGGGUUUUUCUCCACGCCAUGCCGAUCGAUCCAUAUCCAUCAAGCUAAUUAAAGUUGCAUGCAUGCAUGCCGUAAAUAUAUACAUACCAUGCACCACCAUUACACUGUUUCUUUUGUUGCUUGCUUGCAAGGGUCGUCGUUGCAUUGGGUCGCUAGCUAUAGCUUGUUUUCGCUGAUGAGGUAUUCAUCAUGUACGCCUACCAGGCUGUAUACGUACGUAUACGUAUACCAAUGUACACCGUAGUAAUACGUAUAUGUAUUAUAUUGAGAUGGAGUGAUGCACAUAUCAUCAGGAGCCGUCAUUCUGUCGGAGCUGCCAGCAGUGUUUAGGCAGCUAGGCUGAUUGCUCUUGAUGGUAUGCUGCGUCCGUGUAUGUAUCCCAACACUACUGCUAUUGCAUAUAUAUUAUAUAUACCUCUUUUUUUUUAA